GGUAUCGGUACUACUGUUGAUGUAUUUGACGGACGCUUGAACGCAAUAUAAAUAGUUGUGUUUAUAGAGUGUUAGCGGUCAUUUUGGUUGUCAUUUAUUUAGCCUUUUAUAGAAAUAGAUUAGGUUGCAAAGGUUAUGACGGAAAUAUUUUCAACUUUAUUCGGGCAAAAUGACACGGGGCCGGCAGGUAUGGGGUUUGCGACUGGGAAGCCUCCGCCGCCCAUGAACCAAGCGCCUGUGGCGGCUCAGAUUCCAGGACAGCUCGGGGAUGGCGGGCAUACAAUGCGAAAACCCGGAGCCAUGAACGAACCCUUUUAUUUAUUACGGGAACUGCCUGUUGGAAACGACCUGACGGGAAACACGAACCUCAUCACGCAUUAUAAUCUUGAACACGCGUAUAAUAAAUUCUGUGGCAAGAAAGUGAAGGAGAAGCUGAGCAACUUUUUACCAGAGUUACCAGGUAUGAUAGACUGUCCAGGUGUUCAGGAUGGCAGUUCUCUGCGCUCUCUCAUAGAAAAACCUCCAGUCUGUGGAAACUCCUUCAGCCCAUUGACAGGCGCUCUACUCACUGGAUUUAGACUGCACACUGGCCCGCUUCCAGAGCAAUACAGACUGAUGCACAUACAGCCACCAAAGAAAAAGAGCAAACACAAACACAGGCAUCAUCGUCCUCAGGAUCCAUUACCACCAGAAACCCCUUCAGACUCUGACCCCAAGAAGAAGAAGAAAAAGAGGGACGAUGACCCUGAUCGGAAGAAGAAAAAGAAGGACAAGAAGAAAAAAAAGAAUCGACAUAGUCCUGAUCACCCUGGUCUAACUGGCUCUCAAUCCAACAGCAACAGCCUGAGAUAGAACGAUUUGUGUGUGUGUGUCCGCGUGCAUGUGAAAAAGAAUGUGAAACAGUGUUAGAGACCCUGAAAUGGACCAGUGUGUAUGAAAAUAAUGUUUACAAAGGCUGCUUGUUGAUGAUUUCUGCAAUUUCUCUCUGUAACAAAUAAACUUUUGUUAUUAAUUUUGUCACACCACAAGUAGCACCAUUGCAUUGUUAAACUGAGACUUCAUGACAGAUCUAUAUUGAAUGAAUAUUCCGGGUUCAACACAAGUUAUGCUCAGUCGACAGCAUUUGUGUCAUAAUGUUGAUUACCACAAACAUUAAUUUCAACUCGUACCUCCUUUAAAAAAAGAAAAAAAGUGCAAAAUUCGAGUUUAGAUUGAGGCACUUACAAUGGAAGUGAAUGGGAUUACUUUUUGGAGGGUUUAAAGGCAAAAAUCUGAAGCUUAUUUUAUAAAAGCAAUUACAUUAAAUAUUCUCUUAAAACUUGUGUAUUAUUUGAGCUGUAAAGUUGUUUAAAUCGUCGUUUUAUGAUUUACGGCAUUACGUCGUCAUAGUAUAGUGGUUGUAAAAUUUGAUAUUUACACAGAAAAAGCAAGUUAGCAAUUUAUCACCCUUAAAUCAUGUUAACAUUUUGUGGCCAUACUUUUAAAACGGUGAGUAUUUUAAUGUUUAUGGAUUGGCCUAAUUCACUUACAUUGUAAGUUCCUCACUGUAAUCCAGAUUUUUGCCUUUUUAAAGGAGUUUAAUUUAAAUACAUUUUUGUGGUAAUCGAUAUUAUGCCAUAAAUGCUGUCAAUAGAGCUUAACUUGUACUGAACCCGGAAUAUUUACCAAAAAAAUGUGUUAAAACAAAAUUGUGUGUCUUAAAUGCAGGGUGUCCACAGUCAUAGACAAUCUGGGAAUACUAGGGGAUUUUAAAAUAGUGAUUUACUUGCCUUUAAUAAUAAUAAACAAUUUAUAUAUAUAUAUAUAUAUAUAUAUAUAUAUAUAGAUAGAAUAUAAUUUUCUUGUUGUAAUUGGCUGUAAAAUGUUUCAUCGGCUAGAAUUUGAUCUUUGUAAAAUCUGUAACUUGUGCACAAGUAACAAAUGAUUAUCCAGUAAUCACAAACAGAAGGAAAAACUUUUAUGUCACAGCACAUUUCAGGUUUAUUACUUAAAUAAAUAA